UAGUUGAGGUACCCAGAUUAGAGCAACUUCCAUUGCACCAGACAAACAAGCUAGUCACUACUGAAAGUAUGACGACAGUUGUUUCUCACACCCUAUUGAGCCGGCCGACAAGAUCUUCAGCUGGUGCGUCCCUCGGUUUUCUGAAACCAGCAGUGGUAUCUCUCCCUUGUGCACCUGCAGGGAAGAACAGGCCUCGUUCCAUCUGUUACUCUUCGGAUCCCAAGAGCACUGAACAUCCAUUUGACAUCUCACCCGUUGCCCUUGUGCAUCCCAACAUGCCACCAACCUCGACCCCACGGUGGGAGAUCAAGGAGGACGACAAGAACGUCAAGCUGACAUUCUUCAACAUGCCGGAGAGGGCCACGACAGGUGACUUCCAGGUUGCCGUCGAGGAUGAUGUGCUUGUGAUCAGGACCAAGACCAAGCCGCCGGUGGUGCAGCAAGGGGAACCCGGCAGCGGUGUCUCGUUCCAUGUCCGGUUGCUCAUUCCCAAGGGGUACGAUAGAGAGAGUGUCCGGGCCGAGCUCCAGCUCCGGGCGCUGGUCGUCGCCAUCCCCAAGACUAAUCCUGCAUUCACCAAGGAGGUUACUAUCGAUGGAAAAUAGACGUGUAGCAACCCAGUUUUCUUGUAACGUCACAUCUAUGUUUCUACGGAAUAUGUGUGUAUGUGGUUUCCUGUUUGCCUGGGCCAAAUCAAUAAAUUAGAUAUUUGUAUGUGUUUCUAUUGCUACUAUGACAUUAUUUGACGGCAGUUUUUUUAA